GGAGGACGUGAAUCAAACACAUUCUUUAGUAGAGAAUAAAGUCACUGGAGUCAGACAAAACUGUUUUCUGGGCCUGGAAGGUCACAGACAGUUUGGUGUCGACCUAGUUCGACCUAGUAUGCGUAACCUAGUAUGCGUACUGGUUCCGAACACUGAUUGCUGCGUCGAUCAGACAGGCCACCGUUGCCUGCAGCUUCGAUGUCACGACAUGUCCCAACAGACUACUGGUUAGAGAUGUCGAGAGACACGUGCGAGUACUAGCAGCGUCGGGCCACUGACUGUGCUGCGCAAUGCAGGCCGCCAUUCCUUUCCGGCACACUCUGCCUCUCCUACUCGUUCUGGUCGCGCUGCUGGCGUGUGGAGUGCGCGUGGUACCCGCCGUUCAUCGCAGCAGCUCGCUGCGAGACCGUGUGAGCUACCCGCGGGCUCGAGAACUAGAGUCGUCAAGUGAGACCGUGUUGCCAGACGAACCAACCACUGGCGACUCAGUAGACGCAGAUCCGCCAACAGAAGCGUGCGUGUUCGACGUGGUAGGCGGCCGGUUCAGAAAGAUCGACGUGAAUCCCGUCAGUCCACUGCUGAAUUUCGAGGACGCCUGGGCGCCCGCGGAGGGCAGCACAGGGCUGUCGGGCGACUGCCGCUUCCUGCUCACCGCGUCCUGCGAGAUCGCCGUGGUCCGACCAGCGGCAUGCGACGAUGGCGAUCCGUGCACUGUCGACCACUGCGUGUGGCACGCCGAUAGGCCCUUGCCUCUCGCCUCGUGCUCCCCUCUCCCCGCGUGCUUCUAUGCCGUACCGCGUUGCACGCACACGCGCAUCGCCAACUGCUCGCAUCCCGCCACCUCGUCCCCCCCGCCCGUCGUUCACUCGCUAUUCCUCCGCCCCCCGCUCCUGAACCAUUCCCGCUGGCGGCCCCUCCCCUCAAAUCUCACUUCCCCUCGCCUUCGCCAGCCGUUGAUCGGCGUGGGCCCGCGGAUUUUCCGCAACCACCCGGAGCCCCACUCCCCCAUCCCGCGCCACUCACGCCGCGUAGCCUCCUCGCAGCUCGUGACUGGCGGUGGCAAGCAGCCAUUCGCAAGGCAUCGAGUGCGGGAGCUGCCGCCGCGGUCGCUGCGCUUCCCCGGCGGUGGUGUGUCUCGGGGAGCGCAGCAGCAGGCGUGGGCGGUGAACGCGACGGCGCUGGGUCCCCUCAACUCGUCGGACCUGCACCUCAUCUACCCCUUCAUGCCGCUGCCGGGCUUCCAACCCUCCCUCUUCACCUCCAACCUCAACCCCAACCCCCGCGCUGCCACGUCAGAUGACGAGUCAGACGAGUCAGACCAAUCACCGUCAGUCCCGUCUCCGUCCGUUCCCGUCGCCGCUACCUGCCCGCAUCUGGGACUAAUACCCCAACCGCCGCAUACUCCGUCGCUUUAUCCCCCGCCUAUCCCUGCUCCUUCCCCCACGCCGUCCCUCCCCACAAUGCACCCCCCCCCCCCUCCCCCUGCCUCUUCCCCCGAUCACUUCCUCCACCGCAUUCUCUUCUCCUUCCUCCUACCCUUCCGCCGGCUUGUCCGCCCCUCGAAACCUAGCGGGGCUACUGGCGGUGGUGCAGCGUUGCCAUCCCCUCCGCCCACUCGCACUGUGAUCCCCCCUCCGCCGCUCUCCCCCAUACUCCGCCCCGCUCCUCCACCACCCCCCGCCCCGCUCCUCUCUGGUUUGCAGAGCACUUCCGACGUUGGCGCACUCGCCGACGCACCACCCCGCCAGACUCCCCACCGCCACCAGACGCUCCUCCGCCCCCUAGUCCUCCUCCGCCAUUCCCCCCGCCAACUCCGCCCCCACCGUCUCCUCCCCUAGUCGUUCCGUCCCCUCCCCCUCCACCUCGUCCACCCCCGCCAUCACCGCCACCCCGCCCCCUCCGUUACC